CAGCCUUUGCGGUUUUUGGAGGACCAGACCAGGUCUACGAAGGCUGCUGAGGGCUGAAGGCUACAAGGAUGCAGCCACUCGUCUCCUGAAUCUUGUUCUCGUUCGCCAUCAUUUUAUUGUGAAAGUUUAUGCCGGAAAUAUAUUGGUAGCACGGCGCCAUAAGCCUGAAGGCACGCGAGGUUUCUAACGUGAAGAAAGGAAAGCGCAGCAUCCCCGCGCCGUGUUGCGUUCAUUUCAUCCAGCGCCGCAGCCAUGCUGACCUGUGAAAUCUGCAGAGAGGACGUUAUGUUGGAAGAGGACAUGAGGACUCAUCUCCUUCUCAGCCAUGUUGAAACUAACAUGCACUGUCCACUCUGUCCCCUGUCUGGUGUCUCCUACGACGAACUGUGCUUCCACAUCAGCUCUGCGCACCCAGAGGAACCGCACAGAGCCCAGGAUCCAGCCGUCUCCGCGUCAACUUCGGGCUGCUCAGCCGGGACGAACGCCGCCGUAACCGAGAGCAAAAAGCCCAGAAUGCCUCAGUCCUGCACGGCUGGGGACAGUUGUGUCACCAGAGACUCACUGCGGCCUGAACACAAUAGUGCACCAGGAGGUGGAGGCUCAUCCACUGGGGAGGCCGCAUCCGUCACUCCGACUUUGACCACACGGAGCCCUAAAACGCGACGUGAGCUCGUCAGGCACCGUGAUGAGGACAGAGAUGGGGUUAAAGCUGUGCACAGAGAAGCCAAACAGACGCGUCUGACCCCACCAGGAGAAGAGGAGGAGUUCUCCUGCCCCAUGUGUGGACUGGUCUGCAGCAGCGGUUUCAUCCUGCAGGGGCACGUGGAGCUGCAUCUGCAGGAGCGGCCCGCAGCCGAAGGAGAGAAGAGAUUUGAGUGCCCGAUGUGCUCUGUCGUCUGCAGCGACAGCUUCUCUCUGCAGGAACAUGUGGAGUUGCAUUUAGACCACGAAGCUGCUGUGAACUCUGCAGGGAGCCCCGGCUCUGACUUGAAGCUGGCCAGAGAACUUCAGCGGGAGGAGGAGCACAGGAGGAGGCUGGAGGAGACUCAGCAGGAGGGAGAAGAGUUUAAGAAGCUGCAGAGGCAGUUUGGUCUGGACGGCAGCGGGGGCUACAGCAGGCAGACAGAGAGGGCCAUGGAGAGGGCUGUGGCCAGGGGUCUGAUGGCCCCUGGCGAGUUCCACUGUAAGAGGGCCGAGAUGAUGGAGUCUCUGGCCUCAGGGGUUGAUGAUGGCACAACAAGAACUCAGGGUGUGGUCCGAGCGUUGUAUGAAUAUUACCAGACGGAGUGCAAGGACCAUGUCCACGUUUGGCUGUGUGCUGCCACCGACCACUACUGCUCCUCAGCGGGGGACAGAGGCUGGGGCUGUGGAUACAGAAACCUCCAGAUGCUCCUCUCCUCUCUGCACACAAUAGAGCCAUAUGCCUCCCUCUUACAAGAGAACGCAGCGCCGAGCAUCCCCCGGGUGCAGAGUAUGAUCGAGGAGGCGUGGAGGGCAGGGCUGGAUCCGCAUGGGGCGUCCCACUUCAACCGGCGGCUCCAGGGAACGCGAGCCUGGAUCGGAGCCACGGAGAUCUACUCCCUCCUCACCUCUCUGGGAAUAAGUGCCCGCAUCAUCGACUUUCACAAGCCGACAGGCCCGGCGGACACUCACCCCCGGCUGUUUGAGUGGGUAAAGCAGUACUUCCUGUCUGGCGGGAGCACCCGGCUGCCGCCCAGACUCAUCCGCACUUCCUUGCCCCCGCUUUACCUUCAGCACCAAGGUCACAGCCGCUCUAUCGUGGGCUUGGAGCAGAGGAGGAACGGGAGUCUGUGCCUCCUGCUUCUUGAUCCCAGCUCCUCGGCCUCAGACACCAGGAAGCUGCUGAGCGUGGACACCGCCGCGCCCGCCCUCCGCCGAGUCAGGAGGUUCCCCGGCAGCCUGAAGCACAAACAGUACCAGGUGGUGUCUGUGCACGGCGUGAUGUCCGCGGAGGAGAAACAGAUCAGCAUCUCUAAAUCCAGGAUAUUAUGUGCUGAACGCAUCCCGUGAACAGAAGCGCACCUCAUCUACUUCAAGUUGUUUGUUUUUAUUGUGAACAAGUUCAUUUUCUGCUCUUAAGGAAUUAUUUAAUGUAGUCAUUCUAUCAAAAUGUCCAUAUUGCACAAUUUAAGAGCAUUUUUUAAAUAAAAGCUGUGCUGUUC